CAGAGAGGCAGCUUUAUGUUGGAGAGAGCGAGUGUGAGCUGGGCUUCAGGGUUUGCAUGUGACAGCGCCGGAGUCUCCUAUCUACUGAUCUCUGUUUUUGUGUGACUGAAGAAUCAACAACCAUGUCUUUGACUAAUGGCCACAGUGUGAGCAAAGAAACAUGGGACUCGCACAACAAGAUGAUGCUGGAGCCUCUGGUCAUCAACGACUCUGAGGUGUUCUCCAUCAUUAAAAAAGAGAAGCACAGGCAGACGUACGGUCUGGAGCUGAUAGCGUCCGAGAACUUUGCCAGCAGAGCUGUUCUCGAGGCUCUGGGUUCCUGUAUGAACAACAAGUACUCCGAGGGAUAUCCUGGCCAGAGGUACUAUGGUGGUACAGAGCAUGUAGAUGAGCUAGAGAGACUCUGCCAGAAGAGGGCGCUGGAGGCCUAUGGUCUGGACUCAGAGAAAUGGGGUGUUAAUGCGCAGCCAUACUCAGGUUCGCCUGCUAACUUUGCUGUCUACACGGCCGUUGUGGAGCCUCACGGCAGGAUCAUGGGACUGGACCUUCCUGAUGGAGGUCACUUGACACACGGGUUCAUGACUGAGAAGAAGAAAAUCUCAGCAACAUCCAUCUUCUUUGAGUCCAUGCCGUAUAAGGUGAAUCCUGAGACUGGUUACAUUGACUAUGACAGACUGCAGGAAAACGCAAAGCUGUUCCACCCAAAACUCAUCAUUGCAGGAACAAGCUGCUAUUCCCGCAACCUUGACUACGCCCGCUUGAAGCAGAUCGCUGAUGAGAAUGGAGCCUAUCUGAUGGGAGACAUGGCUCACAUCAGUGGUUUGGUGGCUGCUGGUGUGGUGCCCUCACCGUUUGAGCACUGUGACAUUGUUUCCACAACAACGCACAAGACGCUGCGUGGCUGCCGCGCUGGACUUAUCUUCUACAGGAAAGGUGUGCGGAGUGUGGAUGCCAAGGGGAAGCAGAUUUUGUACAACUUGGAGUCUUUGAUCAACCAGGCUGUUUUUCCAGGGCUGCAGGGAGGACCACACAACCACGCUAUUGCAGGAGUUGCUGUAGCUCUCAAACAAGCCAUGACGCCGGAGUUCAAGGCCUACCAGAUACAGGUGCUUGCUAACUGCAAAGCUCUGUCCAGUGCCCUUAUUGACCACGGCUACAAGAUCGUCACUGGUGGGUCUGACAACCAUCUGAUCCUGCUGGACUUGCGCAGCAAGGGAACUGAUGGAGGGCGAGCUGAGAAGGUUCUGGAAGCCUGUGCCAUUGCUUGUAAUAAGAACACCUGUCCAGGUGAUAAGAGCGCAUUGCGCCCUAGUGGUUUAAGGUUUGGCUCUCCAGCUUUGACCUCCAGAGGCUUGAUACAGGAUGACUUCAGGAAGGUGGCUGAGUUCAUUCACAGAGGCAUUGAGCUGACCUUGGAGGUGCAGAGAAGCCUAGAUCCCAAGGCCACUCUGAAGGAGUUCAUUCAGGCACUGUCCCAGGAAGAGAAGUUCCAGCAGCGGGUAGCAGAGAUCAGGGCCGAGGUGGAGGCUUUCGCCGGUCAGUUCCCCAUGCCGGGCCUACCUGAGCUGUAGAGGGCGGCAGUUCAGACUAAUGAUUGUCACAAACAUUAUUAUGCCAAUUUUGAUGGUAUGUUGUUUUGUGUGUAUAUUUGUUUUGAGUGCAUAACUGUUAAAUCUGUCACUCCUCAAAUCAGGGCACUUCUUCAUGACUUCACAGCAGUCUUGGAUACACACAUUAUACAAUACCAUGGAACAGAUUUGUUUUAAUUAUUCAGUAUUGCUACUGUGCCUUUGCUGUUUUAGAGGUUUAUUUUUCCACUGUAGCAGUUGCAGUUACAUUUAAGCUUUAAUCUUGUCAGAAAUCUGCAUUUUUUUAAAAAUUGCAUUUAAAAUUCCAAAGUUUUUGAGCAGACAAUGCUGCACAUUUAAGCACAAAGCAUGACUACUGGUUUCAUACAUGAACAUCCUCUCCCAUAUACUAGACAUGUAUAGGAAAAUGUGAUAAAAAGAAAAAGCUGCUGUUAUGUUUAAUUAAAGUAACCAUAAUGAGUGAAA